CUGUAAAUGGGACAGAAAGGCACCGGGUCAUUUAAUGUGCUUACCAGAUGUUAGAAUUGCCAGGUUAACUUACAAGGAAAACUUAAAUGGAUUCGGAGCUAUAAUAGCAAAAUGUUCAAUUUAUGUACACGUUUUCAAUGCUGAGAUUUUCAUGCAUCCACAGUGAUAUCCCAAGGGAAGAAAAUCCAAGUAGAACAAAAUUAAACUAUCAGUUAUUCCUUUUUCCCAUUUCCAUGGGUCAAAGACUUCUUCCUCUUCUCCUUUAGCAAGCAUGCACUUUGAUGCAUAACAUCAGGCUUGCAGCUCUGAAAGGAUGCAGGCUGGCUGCUCUGACAAGCGACUGCACAGAAUCAAGACAGCACAUCUUUAUGGAGACAGGCAGCAGAGGAAGGGACCACGGGCAUAUAUGUACAUGUUUCCUACAUGCUGAGUAGGUGACAGUCUGCCCAUGUACUGAAUCUUGGCACCUUUUGGACAAAAAAGAAAUAUUCAACAACAACAACAACGAAAAUCAACAUUUUCAGGAUUCUAAUGUAAUUAUAAGCAUGGCAAAGAACACUAAAGCAUAUGUGUAACAGAAGUGAACCUGUGACUAUAUAGCUUUGCUUGAGUCUCAUGCCUCAUCAUGGUUGAGCUGCUUAUCUGUUCUGCAACUGAAGCUCUAACCAAAGUGCUUUUCAAGAGGACCUGAGAUGUGAUGCUGGAUUAAAUAUAAUUUACAGUCUCUUGGGAGAAAUGUUGCCUGAAGCUAUUACUCUGAUUUGUAGAGGAUGGUCUUUUUUUUUUUUGUUAGUUUGUUUGUUGUUUCUUUAAAAUAGUUUUCUAGAUUACUAUACAUUUGUUUAUUUGUAUUAGGAAAGGAUUAAUUAAAUUACUAAAUUGUUAUAUGUAACUUCAUAGUGAUUUGACGAGUCUUUCAACAAGUUGUAGUUGAGAAAUUUCAACAACCUGGCCAGCUGAUGCAGGAAGAUGUGAAUUCCUUAGGAGCUGGAUGUGAAGAAGUACGGGCAACUGAAGGAUGUUAUUGCAAAAAUGACAAAGGAAAAAGCUUCUGUGUUGUAACUUGUUCUGUCAGUCUUCUGCAAGCUGCUGUUCUCACGUUUACCUCCCUGGGUUGGGUUUCUGAAGACAAUUGUUUUAUUCUACCAAGUAGAACGCACUGAAUGGAAAUGUAGCAUAAGAAAGUGUGAUACUUUUAAGUUAAAUAUUAACCAGAUUCAAACAAACUCGAGAGCAUUUCAAGUGUGGUUAACUUGUUGGGCGGUUGAAGAAGAACGAACUCAAGCAGUGAAGAACAGGCAUGGGGAUACUCUACUCAGAGCCCAUUUGUCAGGCAGCUUAUAACAACGAUUUCAAUAAAGUUCAGUUCCUUUUGGAGCGCAACUGCAACUAUCUGAAUAUCCAGGACAGCUUCAGUGGAGACACCCCCUUAAUUUGUGCAUGUAAAAAGGGAAACAACAGGAUAGUUAGCUAUCUUCUAAGAAGACAUGCUGAUGUCAACCUCAAAAAUAAGAAGGACCGCACUUGCCUGCAUUAUGCUGUGAGAAAACGGUUUACCUUCCUUGACUAUGUGCUCAUCAUAAUCCUCAUGCCAGUUAUGCUUAUUGGAUAUCUUCUCAUGGUCUCAAAGACUAAACAGAAUGAAAACCUGAUCAAGAUGUUGCUCAGAGCUGGAGCUGAUGUGAAUGCUAUAGACUCUUCUAGUAGCACAGCCCUUCACUAUGCUUGUGAAAUGAAAAAUCAGGAAGUCAUUCCUCUACUGCUUGAAGCUCAUGCAGACACUUCUGUAAAGAAUCAGGAUGGGGAGACUCCCUUAGAUAUAGCAAGAAGACUGCAGUUCCACAACAUUGAAAGCAUGCUAAGAAAAGCUUCCUAGUCAUCAAGGACUCUCAAACAUGCAGAAAAUUACCUCAUCUGACAAUGCAUCUUGCAUAACAGCAAAUGUCCAACAGAGGGUGAAGGCUGUUACUUGAUAAAAACUUGGUCCACAUCCACCCAUUCCUUGCUGUAGACUUUGACAACUUUGUGUGAGACUUGUCAGUACCCCCAAGGCCAUGUGUGGGGUGAAAGGAGUUAAUUUGAUUUUACUGAGCCAUGAAUGAUUGCAAUAGUGGUCAAAAUAUUGCCCUUCCCAUCUGCUUCAUCAGUCUUAUUACUUGACUUCUGCAGUCUGUGGAUUUUGAAAGCUAGCUAUAAAAUAUCUGGAAGCCCAAAUAUUGCAUAUGGUUGGCAGCCAAUGCAAAAAUAAAAUAUCCUUUAGAGUGCA